AGAAUGGUGAGGAAAAAGAUACCGGAAUGGAUGAACGGCACCAUGUGGUCUACUCCUCCUCCGCCGCCUACAAACGAUGAUGCUUUCCUCCGCUGUUCCCCCUCCACUAAAAUUCCGUCGACAGAAUCAAAUUCCGAUGCUUCCAGGCUUAAUCCUGCCCAUCCGCCUUCCACCGCUUCUUCGGUUCCAUCUCCGUCGCCUAGGCCACGGAACGGUAGCAACGUUCCUGGGGGCGGCAGUGGCGAAUAUAGAAACUCCGUUGGUCCUUCGGCCGAGAACUUGUCCCGCCAGGCCCAUCUCACAGUGGAGAAUUUCAGAUUCUUCUUGUCUUCAACUUCCAAGCAUGUUGUGAUUUUAAUUGAGAAAGUGAUCAACAUGAAUGAAUUGAGGAGUUUAGCUUUACAGAGUUUGCCAAAUUCUCCUGGGAUCCGCUCUUCUUGUUAUGAUUUUGGCUUCUUCUUAUUUUGGAAAUCAGUUUACAGAAAACAGAAUAGUGCAUCAAUGCUUAGAUCACUGAGACUUGGAGUCGUAUCUCUAUAUGAAACUUUUGCUUGGCUACUUGCCACCUGA